AUAAUGAAUUCCUCCUUGCUCAAGUUUUCUUAGAAGAGACUCCAGUGACCACUUGCAGAGGAUUUUAUCUCUAAAAAUAAGGUCAUCCUACUGAGUUCAAAUCUAGUCUCAGACAAAUUUAGUAACUAUAUAUUGGGCAAGUCAUUUAACUCUGUUUCUCACAUCGUAAAAUCAGCUGAAGAAGGAAAUGGCAAACCAGUCCAGCUGCUAAGAAAAACUCCAAAUGGGGUCAUGAAGAACUGGACAUAAUUGAAUAAAAACAAUUAUUGAGGGGCUUAAGAAUUUUAAGAAUCAGUAUUGGUCCUGGGGUAAAAGGAUGUCAUUAGAGAACUAUAUAAGCAAAAAAAAAAAAAAAAAAAAGAUGAGCUGGUCACAUGGCCAAAGCAAGGAAAAAUCCCCUGGAAAACCUUUGUGCUGCAUCUGGCAUCCUCGAGGGGCAAUGAGGAAGUUUCAGAUACAUGGCAGACCCUGUGAGAUGAGUUUGUGGAGAGACCUGGACAAUCGUGAAUAGUGUCACAGGAUGGACAGACUCCAGUGAGGUGUGAGCCGCAUCAUUGGAGAGAACAUUCACAUUGAUGAGAUCAUAGAACCCCCUGAAGUAUUAGAGUAUCAAGAAGAAAGAUGAAGAAAUUGUCUGGGAAGAUACAAUACUAAUCGGUGGAGAUCCACUGGGGGAAAAAUACAAUGAAACUGAGAAGUUAUUUGAGUCACAUACUAUUGUUGACAUCACAACAGUUCCUGUUUUCAUGCUCUGGACAAAUAAAGACACCAGAAACUCUAGGUGAAGCCAAUACUCACCUCUCUGUCUUUCCACCUAGUCCUCUAAACUUUAUGCUGCCACCAUUUGGAGCCACUAUAUAAUUGGUUAUUUGAUUUAUUAUAAAAGUCAUUUGACGAAAUACUUCCUUACCACAAUUAUAUAACAAAAUUCUACGUAAUAAGAGAGACUUAUGAGGUUACAGAACCCAUAAACCUCUUUGUAGUUAGUGUUUCUUUUUUUGGUGGGCGUAUUACUAGCAAACUUUUUUUGUGACCUGUUGCUUAGCAACUGGCAUCUAUGGAAAGUGUUUGCACUCUAGUAAGACAUUCUAGUUAGAGAUCUCGGUGGUCAUAUGCCCUUUGCCACAAAAGGAAAUUAAUUUUUAAUCAUGCAAAGAACUUGAAAAGCUGCCACUGAGAAGGGGCCAUCUGUGGCUAUGGCAGACUUUUUUUUCCUGGCUCCAGAAAUAGUAUUGCCCUUUAGGCCACUGUCUUCUGAACAGUUCAACAAGAUUAGAAGUGCUGCUGAAAAAUCCUGGAAGAAUGAAACUCAAUGGAUGGAGAGGUGUCCAACAACAUACGGAGCCCAUUACCGGAGCAAAAAAGUGGAUGAGCCCCCACGUAUUCAACCAUUCAAUGAAACCAGACUCAACAACCCUCAUCCACACGAAUUGUUUCUAGUGAACAAAAUCCAUUAUCUUCCUGGAUAUUACAAUUCUAAAGCACGAGAGCCUGAAAGAAAAAAAGCUCCUCCCACUCCUGAUAUUACCAGUUACUUUAAGGAUUCACUGAAUGUUAAGCGACGAGUGAUGCACCAAGUUGUGACUUCUGAUAUUUGCCUUCCUGCACAUGGGAAAAAUAUCGAUAUGCGAUCAAGAUCGGCAAUAUAUGGUAGCCCGAAAAUUUUAAUUCCAAGGAGGAAUGUUUAUCCAAGACAUGAAGACAAGGGGAUCAGGAAAUGGUCCUCCAGCUCGGAGAUUAGCCAGAGUUCAGUGCCGAGGAGCCAGGAUUAAGGCCAGAUCCUGUGGGCACAAGGAAGGCCAUGUACCAAGAAGAAUAUUGGCUUUAUUAGCUGCAAUUUAGCUUGAGUCCAAUAUAAUAUAUCUUAUCCCAGGAGUUGUUUCGGGGGGUUUAUUUCAAAAGCAAAUGACAUUUCCCCCCUUAGAAGUGGCCACAAUUUUCUCUAGGACUCAUCUCCACUGAAGAUUAAUGUAAACUAAAAGUCAUCUUCAGUCCUGGAGGAAAGCUGGAAAACAAUAGCAUUAAAUAUAGUGCAAUUUAGAGUUUGCAAAGCGCUUCACUUAUUUUAUUUGAUUCUCUUGUAAACAGGAUUUGAAGGAGAAAGGGUAUCAUGUUCUCCUAACAACUUUGCUCACUUUGAAUUUGGGGAACUUCCAAUCUUAUUUCCAUGUGCAACCAACAACCUUGAGGAUAGAUAAUGUCCCGGUCCUUCCUUCCCUACCUCCUGCUUUGUUCUGGGAGACUCUUACUUCUUGCCACUUUGUGGUUUUUGUCCUGAUUGAUGACACCACGGGAUGAGAUGCUGGGUGUAUUAGAAAGAAAACUGACCUCAGAGUCAUAUAUCGUCUGGAAUCCUGACUUGAAUUCUUAUCCAAGUCUCUUCCUGAUUGAGAUUCUGGUAAUUAAAGAACCUGAAGCAUGGGGCAGAUUUGCCCAGCCCCCUUUAAAUGCUUCCUGACCACUCUGAAACUUUCACCUUUGUUAUUGUCUUAAAAAACUGUGUCUUGUUCUGAUCCCUCUUGAUUGUAUCCUUCACUUCUAGUCAAUACAGCAAGUUUACAUGUAUACAGUGAAGGGGGCAACAGCAGCAAACAAUAUGGCAAAGGGGAACCUGGAGAUCAUAUACAAACCUUUCCAAAGAUCAAAGGAACAGGAUUUGCAAAUUGUAUCAUAGAUUAACCCAAAUUCCCAUCCUGCUGCUAUGUGUUGAAUCAGCAGAAACCAUCUCGCUGCUGCUCUCAGACUUCUGGUUCUGUGACAUAAAGUUCAGACAAAUCCCAGACCUCCACAACUCCAGACCAGCAGAACAUCAAAAAGCUGCUGAUUGCUUCAAGAUGAUGACUUCCACAUUAUAGCAAUACCUUUGAGAUGAUUUAGAUAUAUUAAUGAACUAACUCCAAGAUGUCACAGUUAGGAGUUGGUCUGUUCCCCCCACCCCAAAUCCUAUAAAAAUAAGACCCUAAGCUUCUUUCUCUCUCACCUCAUCCUGAGCAUUUGUCCAUCUCCAGGGGUUUGUGCUGUGUGUUCCUAAUUCCAAUUUGUGGGUUUGUAAGUGACUCAACCUUCUCCAUCCUUUUCCUCAUGCUCCCUGCCUCCUUUGACCAUAUCAUUCAACGAUCCUGGCAACAUCAGCCCUCUAUAUCCAUCUCUCACUCCCUUUGUGGUAAUUAAUAUCUGAUCACCAUCUUUUUAUCUCUGCCAGUCAUGGGCUUUCUUAGCCAAUAUUCAAAGAACUGGGUCGUCAGAAAUUAAUGAUCAGAGUUCCGAGGGUGGAGUGAAGCCUGGAAGCUGCUCAAGCUUUCCCAGUUUCCCACAAAAGCACAUGAAACCAAGUCUCUGAACAGAGUCUGAUGGAAUAAAACCACUUUCCAGCUCAAGAUAGACUAUAAGGGCUUCAGAGGUGUUUAGCCCAGAUCAGAUAGACUCUAGGAAAACCAGUGAGAUGGUCUUAAGCAGAUCAACAACUGAGACCCCUGAUCCUGGCUCAGUAGCAGAGCAAACUGGUGGGGUAGCCUUCAGUCCCAGCACAGAAGGCAAAUUGUCAGCCUGGGAAGCCAGGCCGUUGCCUGGAGAAAGGAGACAGGGCUUCCCUAUGACGUGAACAAGACAAUACAAGGAGGGAGGCUCCUGUGCUCAAAGCCAAGGCUCAGAACUGUACAAGAAACAUGAGACAGUACUCCCCAGGAGCAAAGCUUUACUUGUAAUAGGCACAAAAUGGGGGGGGGGAAAGUGAUAAAAAGGAAAUGAGCAAGAAAUAUAAAAGAACUUUGACCAUAGAAAGCUACCAUGAUGAUGAGAAAGACCAAAACGCCAACUCAGAAGAGGACAAAAUGUCCAUAGUGGAAAUCUUAAAAGAGUGAUAUGAAUUGGUCUCAAGCCCAAAGAACCUUCUUGGAAGUGCUCAUAAAAGAUUUUACAAGGCAAAUAAUAGAGGUAGAAGAAAAACUGUGAGAAGAAAUGAGAGGUAUGCAAGAGAGAGUCAAUAGCUUAGUGAAAGGAAGGACAAAAAUUGACUGAAGAAGGCAAUUCCUUUCAAAAUGCAAUUGGCCAAAUGCAAAAAAAAAAAAGUCUACUGGGGAAAAAACACUUUGAAAUGUAGAAUUAAUCAAAUGGGAAAGAGAUUCAAAAGCUAACUGAAGAAAAUCUUACACAUUAAAAACUAGAACCAAGCAAAUGGAAGCUAACGACGCUAUGAGACAUCAAGAAUCAGUUAAACUAAAAAGAAUGAAAAAAAUUGGAGAAAAUAAUGUAAAAUACCUCAAUGGAAAAACAGCCAAUCUGGAAAAUAGAUCCAAGAGAGACAAAUUAAAAUUAUUGGUCUACUUCAAGGCCAUGACCAAAAAAAGAGCCUGGAUUGCCUUCUUCAAGGGGAUCAUCAUGGAAAACGACCCUGAUAUACUAGAAUCAGAGAAUAAAAUAGUCAUUGAAAAUAAUCCAUUGGUAAAGAGAUCCCACAAGGAAAACAUCAAGAAACAUUGUUAUAAAACUUCAGAACUAUCAUCUCAAGGAAAAUAAUACUACAUAGCUUCCAGACAAAAACAAUUCUUGAAUAUCAAAUAGCAACAGUCAAAAUUAGCCUGGAUCUGGCAGCUUCUACAAUAAAGCAUUGGAGGGUAUUCCAAAAGACAAAGCACCUGGGAUUACAACCAAGAAUCAAUUAUCCAGUGAGAUUGAGCAUCAUUUUUCAGGAGGAAAAAAUGGAUCUUCAAUGAAGUGAGAAACUUUCAAUUUCUUUUGAAAAAAACAGAACUAAACAGAAAAUUUGAUCUUCAAACACAGGAUUGAAACAGAUUGAAAUUGUUUCCAUACCUAUAUGGGAAAAUGAUCUCUGUAAGUCUUGAGAACUGUAUCUGUUAUUGGGACACUUAGAGGGGACAUACAUGAGCCAAGAGGAUAUGGAUAUGAAUGGACUCUGAUGUGAUAUCAAAAAAAAAAAAAAAGACAUUAAGAAGUGGAAAAAAGAUUGUACUGGGAGAAGAGAAAAGGGGAUAUAAAAAUGGCAUAAAUUAGAACAAAUGAAGAGGCACAAAAGACCUAUUACAAUAGAGGGAAAGAAGGAGAGAUGAGUAUUGUCUAAAGCUUAAUCUUGUCAUUUUGGGCUCAGAGGAGUAGCAUGUUCACUCAGUUGUGUGUAGAAAUUUAUCUUACCUUAUAAGGAAGUAGGAGGGAAAAGGGAGGGUAAAAACACUAGCGGAAAGGGAUAAGAGAAGGUGGAGAGAUGAUAAAAGGGAGGCAGGUUGAGGGUGGAGUGGGUUAGAAACAAAAUACUACUAAGGAGAGGACAGGAUAAAAAGAGAACAAAUAUAUAUAUAAGCAAUCCAUUUGAAACAGAGAUACAUACUGAGUAAAAGUAAAAGGCUGGAGUAGAAUUUACUAUGCUUCAGCCAAAACAAAAAAUGCAGGGGUAGCAAUUCUGAUCUCAGAUAAAACAAAAGUAAAAAUAGAUCUAAUUAAAAGAGAUAAGGAAGGAAACUGCAUUUUGUUGAGGGUACCAUAGAUAAUGAAGAUAGUGUUGAUUUAAAAUGUAUAUGCACCAAGUGCAUCCAAAUUCUUAGAAAAGAGAAUUAAGCCAGUUAUAGGAAGAAAGAGAUGACAAAACUAUAUUACUGGAGGACCUCAAUGUGUCCCUCUCAGAAUUAGAUAAAUCUUAGCCACAAAAUAAACCAGAAAGAAACGAGGGAGGUUAAUAGAAUCCUAGAAAAAAUCGGAUAUGAUAGAUCUCUGGAGAAAAUUGAAUAGGGACAGAAAGAAAUACAUCUUUUUCUUGAUAGUACAGGGCACCUGCACAAAAACUGAGUAUGUAUUAGGGCAUAAAAACCUCACAAAUGCAGAAAGGCAGAAAUAGUAAAUGCUGCUUUUUCAGACCAUGAUGCAAUAAAAAUUACAUUCAAUAAAGAGCUAGGAAAAGAUAGACUAAAAACCAAUUGGAAAUUAAAUAAUCUAAUUAUAAAAAUGAGUAGAUCAGAAACUUAAAUAAUCUAAUUAUAAAAAUGAGUCAGGGCAGCUAGGUGGUGCAGGGGAUAGAGCAUCAGCCUUGACGUCAGGAAGACCUAAAUUCAAAUCUGGCCUCAGAGACUUAACACUUCCUAGCUGUGUGACCCUGGGCAAGUCAUUUAAACCCAAUUGCCUCAGAAAAAAAAAAGAAAAGAAAAAAAUGAGUCUAUCAAAAAAACAAAUUAUAGAAACAAUAAUUUCAUCCAAGAGAAUGAAUCAAUGAGUCAACAUAUCAAUAUUAUGGGAUGGAGCUAAGACAGUUUUUAGGGUAAAUUGUAUAAUUUUAAAUUGUUAUAUGAAUAAAAUAAAGAGGAUAUCAAUGAAUUGAGCAUGCAAGUAAAAAAGCUAGAAAAGGAACAAAUUAACCUUCCCAAUUAAAUGCCAAACUAGAAAUUCUGAAAUUCAAAGGAAAGAUUAAUAAAAUUGAAAUUAAGAAAAUUAUUCAACUAAGUAAUAAAACUAAGUAUUGCUUUUAUGAAAAAAAAAACCAACAAAAUAAACUUUUGGUUAAUUUUAUUAGAAAAAUGAAAGAGAAAAACAAAUUACCAGCAUCAAAAGUGAAAAGGGUGAACCUAACUACCAAUGAAGAAGAAAUUAAAGCAAUAAUUAUCAGUUAUUUUGGCAAACUUUAUGCCAAAAAAUCUGAUAAUCUAAUUGAAAUGGAUGACUGUUUGCAAAUAUAUAAAUUGCCCAGAUUAACAGAAGAGGAAAUAAAUUACUUAAAUGAUCUCAUUUUAGAAAAAGAAAUCGAACAAUCCAACAAUGAAUUUUCUAAGAAAAAUCAGAUGUAUUUACAAAUGAAUUCUAUCAAACUUGUAAAGGACAAGUAAUUCCAAUACUAUGUAGACUGUUUGGAAAAAUAGGUAAAGAAAUUGUUCUGCUAAAUUUCUUCUAUGACACAAAUAUGGUACUUAUACUUAAAUCAGGAAGAGCCAAAACAGAGAAAGAAAAUUACAGACAAAUCUCCUUAAAUGAAUAUUGAUGCAAAAAUUUUAAUUAAAAUAUUAGCAAGGAGAUUACAACAAUUUAUCAGCAAGAUAAUACACUUAUGUCCAAGUGAGAUUUAUAAUAGGAAUGGAGGUCUGGUUCAAUAUCAGGAAAAAUAUUGCCACAAUAGCAUGUAUCGAUAAUAAAACUGAGACAUAAAUUAGCACCCAUUCCUAUUAAAAACACUAAAGAGCAUAGGAAUAAAGAGAGUUUUCUUUAAAAUGAUAGGCAGCAUCUAUCAGUAAGCAUUUUAAGUAAUGGGGAAAAGCUGGAUACAUUCUCAAUAAAAUCAGGGAUGAAACAAAGAUGGUCAUCACCAUUAUUCUUCAAUAUUAGAAAUGUUGGCUUUAGAAGUAAGAAAAAAAGAAAUUAAAGGAAUUAGAUUAAGCAAUGAGGAUAUAACACUAUCUCUCUUUGCAGAUGAUAUGAUGGUAUACUUAAAGUUCUAGAGAAUCAUCCAAAAACCAACUAGAAACAAUAACUUUAGCAAAGUUGUAGCAUAUAAAAUGAACUCAUACAAAUCAUCAGCAUUUCUAUAUAUUAUAACAAGGCCCACCUGCAAGAGACAGAAAGAGAAAUUCCAUUUAAAAUAACUGUAGACAAAAUAAAAUAUUUGGGUAUCUACUUGCUAAGACAACCCAGGAACUAUAUAAAUAUAAUUACUUUUCAUACGAAGUCAGAUUUAAACAAUUGGAAAAAAUAUUAAUUGCUCAUGGGUAGGCUAAGCUAAUAUAAUAAAAAUGGCAAUUCUAUCUAAAUUGAUCUACUUGAUCAGUGCCACAUCAAUCAAACUGCCAAAAAAAUUUUAUAGAGCUAGAAAAAAAGAAAAUUCAUUUGGAAGAACAAAAGAUCAAAAACAUCAAGGGAAUUAAUGAAAAAAAAAAUUACAAAGUACAGUAGUCUAGCAGUACCAGAUAUAAAACACUCUUAUAAAGCAGCUGUCAUCAUAAAUGUAUGGUACUAGCUAAGAAACAGAGUAGUAGAUCAGUGGAAUAGAUUAGAUACACAUGACAAUGGUAAUCACUGACUAUAGUAGUCUAGUAUUUGAUAAAUCCCCAAACUUCAGCUUUUGGGAUAGAAACUCCCUAUUUCACAAAAAUUGCUGGGGAGACUGGAAAAUAUGUAAAACUCAGCAUAGACCUACGUCUCAUGUUCCAUACCAAAAUAAGAUCAAAAUGGGUACAUGAUUAUAGAGUGUAAUGGGUGAUACCAUAAGCAAAUUAGGAGAGCAAGGGAUAGUUUACUUAUCAGAUCUUUGGAAAAGGGAGCUAUUUAUGGCCAAAGAAGAACUAGAGAACAUUAUGAAUGCAAAAUGGACAACUUGGAUUACAUUAAAAUUAAAAAGUUUUUGCACAAACAAAACCAAUAAAAACAAGAUUAAAAGGGAAACACAAAGCUGGGAAAAAAUCUUUACAGCUAAUGUUUCUGAUAAAGGUCUCAUUUCUGAAAUAUACAAAGAACUGUCAAAUUUUUAAGACUUCAAGUCAUUACUCAUUUGAGAAAUGGUCAAAGGAUAUAAACAGGCAAUUUUCAGAUGAAGAAAUUAAAGCAUAGUCAGAUGAAAAAAUGCUUUAAAUCACUUGAUGAGAGAAAUGCAAAUCAAAACAAUUCUGAGGUAUACGUCACACCUCUCAGAUUGACUUAGAUGACAGGAAAAGAUAAUGAUGAAUGUUGGAGGGGAUGUGGGAAAACCAGAACACUAAAUGCACUGUGGUGAAAUUGUGAAAUUAUCCAACCAUUUUUGCAAAGCAAUUUGGAACUAUGUUCAAAAGACUAUAUAACUGUGCAUACUUUUUGAUUCAGCUGUAUCCCAAGGAAAUCAUAGAGGAAAAGGACCCACAUGUACAAAAAUGUUUGUAGCAGCUCUUUUUGUGGUAGCAAAGAACUGGAAAACUAUUGCCCAUCAUUUGGGGAAUGGCUGAAUAAGUUAUAGUUUAUGAAAGUAAUGCAAUAUUACUUUAUAAAAAAUCAUGAACAAGUGCUUGCUUUGGCAGCACUUAUAUUAAAAUUGGAAUGAUACAGGGAAGAUUAACAUGACCCUUUUGCAAAGAUGACAUGCAAAUUCAUGAAGCGAUCCAUAUAUUUUUUUUAUUUUUUUGCUGAGGCAAUUGGGGUUAAAAUUGGGGUUAAAUGACUUGUCCAGAGUCACACAGCUGGAGAGAGCCAUCUGCACCCAGAGUAAGGACUGUGGGAACUGAGUGUGGAUCACAACAUAACAUUUUCACCUUUUUUCUUGUUUGCUUGUUUUUUGUUUUCUUAUUUUUUUAUCUGAUUUUUCUUGUGCACCAUGAUAAUUGUGGAAAUAUGUAUAGAAGAAUGGCACAUGUUUAACAUAUUGGAUUGUUUGCCAUGUGGAGGAAGGAGGGAAAGGGAAAGAAAGGAAAAUUUGGAACACAAGGUUUUGCAGGGGUCAAUGCUGAAAAUUGUCUAUGCAUAUGUUUUGAAAAUAAACAGCUUUAAUAAAAAAAAAUGAUGAGCAAACUGAUUUUAGAAAGGCCUGGAAAGAUUUCCCUGAAUGAUGCUAAGUGAAACAAGCAGAAACAGGAAUACUUUGUAAACAAUAACAGCAAGAAUGUGAGAUAAUCAACUAUAUAAACAUUUGGUUCUUCUCAGUUGUUCACAAUCCAAGGCAAUCCCAAUAAACUUUGGAUGGAAAAUGCUAUCUGCAUCCAGGGAGAAUUGUGGAUACCUAAUACAAAUCAACAUGUUAUGUUCAUUUUUUUCUUUUCUCUUUUUUCUCUCAUGGUUUUGUCCUUAUUUUUCUCUCCUUCCAUGAUUCAUAAGGAAAUGUAUUUAAAAAUAAACAUAUAUGUAUAACCAGAAUUUUUCUUAAAAACAUUGGAAACUAAAAAUAUAAUUAAUGAUCAGUCAGCUAUCUUAACCAUGCCUUGGUUUGCCUCCAAGGUCUUAAAGGAGAGAACACAAAUUUAAAACCUGUGGUGGAAUAAGUGUGGUAUCCAUUGGCAUCAUUUGCCCUUCAGUGAAGACUUCAGGUCCUUGAGUUGUCCUCCAUACCAAUCUCAUGUACUCUGAAGAAUCCUCACCUGGGAUAUAGUUGGAAGAAUGCUGGGUUUGGAGUCAGAAACAAGAGUUUGAAUCUGGACUCUGCCACUUAUGCCGUUGCUUUGGAUAUGUCAGUUAAUCUCCCUGAACCUCAGUUCCUUUAUCAGUAGAAUCAAGGAUUAGACUUAACAUUUGCUGAAGGUCCCUUCCAGCCCUAAAUCUGUGCUCGCAUGACCUCUUUCUGUUCCUGGGCAAGGCAGAGAACUGAAUACUUCCCUCAAAGUUCCUUGGUUGGUUAAUAGAGUCAAGACCGUAGACUCUCCCAGUAUAAAGGGAACAAAUAUCAAGAAGCUAAAAUCCAUCAAACCCCAGAGCUCACUGGGAAGAAAGAGAAAAUUCCUGAAUGGGAUUGGGGGUGAUGCUGGAGAAGAUCAGUGGACUAUUGUGUUUUCCAAAGUUAAAUUUUUUGCAAUUUAAGUGUGUGUGUGUUGUGUGUUAUGUUUGGGGGAGGAUUAGGAUGACAGUUCUGCUAAAAUUAAUAAGUUACUGUUUCUUGUUUCUUGAGCUUAGAUUGGUGAUUGUGCCUGGCAAAGUAGGCAUCUAAUAAAUGCUUCUUGAGUUAA